AUGCCAUAUCCUAAUCCAUUGAAGAUCGUCACUCAGAAGCUCACAGACAACAUCUUGUUAGCAGCCAGUGGGUUCAAGAGAUUCGACAAGAUCAACUUCGGUGGCCGUAUGGCCUUAUUCCAUUACAAUAACUCAGUAAUUGUGUGGUCUGCCAUGCCAUUUGGAGACGAGGUCCACAAAGCCAUCGAGAAACUCACAGGUCAGUCUUCUAGCCCCGUGGCGUAUCUUAUCAUUCCAGAUACCGAGCACACUAUCGCAGCCAAGCUGUUCAAGGCGAAAUAUCCAGAAUUGAAGAUCAUUUCCGUGGAGCUGGUGGAUUUGGGCCCUGAGACUCCCAUUGACUACGUGGUGACUUCCAAAUACAGCAAGAAACUCAUCGACAAGCAGGUGUUGCAGGAAAUCGGUAUCACUGACCCCACCAUCACUGACCACUUCGAGUUCGUCUACCUUCCUGACCACGCCAACAAGGAACUUGUAAUGUACGAUAAGAACAGCAAGACUCUUUUCGAGGCAGAUUUGCUCUUCAACUUGAGCACUCAACAACCACAAGAGCAGUUCAGUGAAGAGUUGGGAUUCCCCAAAAAUUACUUCCCAUUCUCUGGAUACUCAUUUCUUGCUCGGUACUUGAAUCCCGACUCGAGUAUCGGCAAUAAGAUCUUGAACAAAAUUGCAAACUCAACAGCAUCUGCCGAAGGCUUGCGUAUUAUCUAUGGAUGGGACUUUGACAAGAUAGUUAUGUGCCAUGGCAAUGUCAUCAAGGCUAAUGCGAAGAAUGAAUUCAAGAAGGUUUUCGGCAAGGUUUUGUGA